AUGUUCCUCCCGGAGGAUGCCUCGCCACCAGAGCAGGCAGCCGCCAGCGCCGGGGGCACUCCCGCGGCGAAGCGCAGCGAGAACCAGCAGCAGGAGAGGUUCAAGCGUGGGAGGAGCUCCCUGUCACUGUCUGUGUGCGGAGCCUCCAAGGAGGGCGGGUGCGGCGCCCCUGGUGCUAGGAGUGCCAUUGCGAAGUCCGACAUGGGCACCUUCGUCUCGCCUGAUGGCAAAGCUAACUCUCGCCAGCGGAUCAGUGAGGACGGAUUCAUGAAGUUGCUGUCUUUCGAGAGCGUGUUGGCCCAGACCCACUCGGGUGUCCACGAGCGCUUCGCCAAGAAGCUGCUCGAUGAGAUGGCCGAGGCGACCCCCCCCAAGGCCUCGUACUUCGUCUUCAAGCGCCACAUGGACCUCGUGGCGAAGUGCGUCGAGUUCAACAAGUUGAAUUUGCAGAAGGCCCCGCGCGACGAGCUCGACCAGCGCAUCCGCGCGUUGGACGAAAUCAAGGAGCACUGGCCGUCACAGCGCAAGGACCUUGAGCCGCGCUUGGCCGACAUGGGUGAGAUUACCGCGCAGAUGUCAGACGAGGCCAUCGAGGACAUGUUAUCCACCAUCGUCCCGUGGAAGGUCGGCAGCGAGGAGGAGGGAGACGAAUUCGACCGCACGUUCGACCCGAUGAAGCCCUGUCUCUACAUGACAGAGGGUAGCAACAUGGAGAAGUCGAUCAAGAUGAGGGACCAUCUGCUGAACUAUUGCCUCGUCCCUUUGAUCACUUCAGGGCCCGCCGCCAUCGAUGCGAUCCUCAGGUUUUGUGCGCGAGCCCAGCGCACCUUCGCGAGGAAGCCAGACUCUUUGGAUGAGAACUUCCUGGCGGUCAUCCUCCAGUUCAUGCGCGUGGUGAGGGCGCUGACGACCAUCUGCAAGCCCGUGGACACCUCUCACUUGGCCGACGCUCUCGCCCUAGUGACCCCCAGCGCAGUGAUGAAGAGCGCUGAUGAGGGCAGCGCCACUAUCAUGGAGACCGUCGGUUCGGCAUUGGUCGGCACGACUGGGUGGAACGAGAUUGUAUCAGAUAUCAAAAGUAAGGCCGACAGCACCAAGAAGACCUUGCCCACGUACACGGCGUACGUCAAGGACCUGAAGAGUUACACCACUGACAAGGACGUGCCAGACGCGACCACCCUAUCUACCAUGCUCGACGGCUGCACCGACUUGAUCAGCUCGCUCCGUGAAGGCAUGGCGACCUACCUCAAAGGUUUGAUCGCUGGCGCGCUGAACAAGUUCAUGGAUAAAGCUAUCCAGGAGGGGCAGCACUCCGAGGGUAGCGGCAGCGCUGCCGUUCAGGAGGCGCCUGUGGAUUGGUCCGUCGUGGAGGCGCUCAACACGAAGGCGAACGGCAUCCUGGAGUGCGCAAUCUUCCCAGCCGCCAAGUAUAAGCCUCAGAUCGAGGCACUGGGCCUCGCGAGCAAGGCAGCUGGAGCCAAGCACGCGUUCGACCGAGCAGUGCAGGCCAUCGACCCCGCGUGGAUUGAGACUGCCAUUGCCUCCAGCUGCGACGCCUUCGUCCAGAUCGUCGAGUCGGUCACCCCCUACGUCAAAUAUAUGGACAUCAACGUGAACGAGAAGCUGCGCGAGGUGCUCACCGUUGUGGACAAGCCUGAUCACUGGACGACAGACGGUGCCAAGCAGUUGAUCGGUGCCUGCUUGACGAUAUGCGGCUUCGACCUCAAAUUCAAGGUGGAGAAGAGCAUCACUAGCGGGUUCCAGGUGUUCGGAAAAACUCUCGACUUGCUUUCGAAGCUGGCUGAGUACGAGGGCUUGGGUGGCGACACGGCUGCUCGCGUGAAGUCGGCUUCGGCGAUGCGGACUCUGCAGGCCAUGGCUUCCAGCAUGCAGUGCGUGAAGGGAGAGCUCGACAACAUGGCCAACCCGAAUACAAGCCAAGCGUUCGUGGUCCACAUGACGUGCGAGGAGGAGCUGCAGGCGGCAGGUGCUCUGAUCCUAGAGGUAAAAGCCACGGAGAUGACGGCCAAGAUCGCGAAGAUCGACGAUGUGCUCAAUGACAUUGACAACGAUAAGGGCCGCUGGACCGACAAGCUCAAGGGCGAUAUGAAGAAGGACUACGCCUUGGCCAGGAAGACGCUAUUCAAGGUGGAUGGCAAGCUGAUUGAGGACCUGCUGAUGGAGGUCACCGCGAUGGCUCAGGCUUUGAGUGCUGCGCACGACCUCUUCGGCAGGCCCGAGCCCGAGAAGCUCACGAAGAUGGUGGAGAGCGGUUCCAAGAAGGCAGCCCGCUGCCUCGUGGAGGCGAAGCUCUUCCUGGGCUACGAGACGUUCAAGAACGAUGAGGUGCAGAUCCACAAGUUCGGCAAGAAGAUCGAGAAGGAGCUCAAGGAGUACUCCAUUCGCGGCGUGGUGGUGGGCAUGACGCUCGCCGAGCCGCUCCAGGAGUGGAUCAAGAGCGUCGUGGACAUGGCCUAA